CCUCCCUCUCCUCUCCUCCUCCUUUUUCUGUCUCUCGUACACACGCAACCAGCGCUCUCCUCAACCUCAUUCUCUCCUUUCAUUCUGUGGUGCUUUUAGUUUGAACCCAUGGAGGACUACCACAAACCAGACCAGCAGACCAUACAGGCGCUGAGGAACAUUGCCAACCGCCUCCGAAUCAACUCUAUCAAAGCCACCACUGCAGCUGGCAACGGGUAUCCAACAUCAUGUUGCAGUGUGGCAGAGAUCAUGUCUGUGCUCUUCUUCCAUACCAUGAAGUACAGGCCAGAUGACCCUAAGAACCCCAACAAUGACCGCUUCAUCCUGUCCAAGGGUCAUGCGGCCCCUGUCCUCUACUCUGUGUGGGUGGAGAUCGGCUUCCUGAAAGAGUCGGAGCUCAUGAGCAUGUGUCAGGUCGACUCCACGCUGGAGGGACACCCUACACCUAAGCAGCAGUUUGUGGAUGUGGCCACAGGCUCUCUGGGACAGGGGCUGGGCAUGGCCUGUGGAAUGGCUUAUACGGCUAAAUACUUCGACAAAUCCAGUUACCAUGUGUAUUGCCUGCUGGGGGAUGGAGAGAUGUCUGAGGGGGCCGUGUGGGAGGCCAUGGCCUUCGCGUCCUACUACCAGCUGGAUAACCUGUUAGCCAUACUGGACAUCAACCGGCUGGGCCAGAGCGAUCCAGCACCACUGCAGCACCACGUGGAGAAGUACCAGAGACGCUGUGAAGCCUUUGGGUGGCAUGCUAUCAUUGUGGACGGCCACAGUGUGGAGGAGCUGUGUAAAGCCAUGAGCCAACAACGCCACCAACCCACUGCCAUCAUCGCCAAAACCAUCAAAGGCAAAGGCAUUCCUGUGGCAGAAGAUAAGAUGGGAUGGCAUGGCAGGGUGCUGUCAAAGGACAUGGCAGAGAGCGUCAUGAGAGACCUCCAGAGCCGCAUCCUCAACAGUAACAAGCGCAUGUACCCGGCUUCACCCAUUGAAGACGCUCCACCCGUGAGUCUGCACAAUGUCCGCAUGCCCAGCGCUCCCAACUACAAAACUGGAGAGAAGUUUGCCACCUGCAAGGCGUAUGGGAUGGCCGUGGCCAAACUGGGACGCUAUAACGAGCGGGUCGUGGCUAUGGAUGUCGACACCAAAAAUGUCACCCACUCGGAAAUCUUUAAAAAUGAGCAUCCCAACCGCUUCAUUGAGUGCUACAGUGCAGAGCAGAACAUGGUCAGCGUUGCCACAGGUUGUGCGGCACGCGAGCGAAACGUUGUGUUUGCCAGCGGCCUGGCGACCUUCUUCACCCGCGCCUACGACCAGCUCCGCACGGCCGCCAUCUCAGACAGCAACAUAAACCUCUGCGGUUCCCACUGCGGCCUGUCCGUCGGAGAGGACGGACCGGCCCACAUGGGGCUGGAGGACAUGGCUAUUUUUAGAGCCAUCCCCACUGCCACCAUUUUCUACCCCAGUGAUGCUGUGUCUACUGAAAAGGCAGUGGAGCUUGCAGCCAACACAAAGGGGCUUUGCUAUAUCAGGACCAUUCGCCCGGAGACUGCAAUCAUUUACAACAGCAAUGAGGACUUCCAUGUUGGCCAAGCCAAGGUGGUGUGCCAGAGUAUGGAAGAUCAGGUAACAGUGAUCGGAGCUGGAAUCAGCCUCCAUGAAGCUCUAGCUGCAGCUGAGCAACUCAAAAAAGAGAGGAUUUAUAUCAGAGUGAUCGAUCCUUUCACAAUCAAACCCCUGGAUACCAAAACCAUCAUCGACCAUGUGCGUGCCACCAGGGGUCGUGUCGUCACGGUUGAGGAUCACUAUUAUGAAGGUGGCCUGGGAGAUGCGGUGUGCUCCGCUAUCGUGAAUGAGCCAGGCCUCACUUUCCAGCGUCUGGCUGUCGUUAAUGUUCCACGAAGUGGCAAAAUGACAGACCUGCUCAAAAUCUACGGCAUCGACCGUGACUCCAUCGCACAGGUGGUCAGGAAAAUGCUCAGCAGCUCGGCCAAUGCCAAGUGAACCUGUUUGCUUUGCCCCGCCCACUCCCCACAAAUCAAUGGAAUAACCAGCUGCACAAACACUGUCACAUGACUCCUCUUCUUCAGAUUGUGUCCCCUCCCUCAACCGUGUUCACUGUAAAAGACCCGUGUGAGUAUAAUAGUAAUGUGAGAUAUAUGUACAUUUUGAAGUAUGGUUCACAUUCCUUUUCCACCCUUAUAAAUACACUAAUAUUCAAUAGUUUGAGGUCAGAUUUUGUUAUUAAUACUUAAUACUGCGGGGAUGCAUUAAACUGAUCAAAAGUGACUUUUUAAGCCAUUUAUAAUGUUACAUAAGAUUUGUUUCAAAUAAAUUAUGUUCUUUUGAACUUCAUAUUCAUCAUGAAAAAUGAAUAUGCAAAAAUAUUCAGCGCUGAUGUUUGGAAAUGAUUCUUGAGCAUCAAAUCAGCAUCUUAGAAUGAUUUCUGAAGAUCAUGUGACACUGAAGACUGGAGUAAUGAUGCUGAAAAUUCAGCUUUGCUUCACAGGAAUGAAUUACAUUUUUAAAUAAAUUAUAUAGAAAACUGUUCUUUUAAAUUGUAAUAAUAUUUCACAAUAUUACUGUUUUUACUGUAUUUUUGAUCAAAUAAAUGCAGCUUUAGUGAGCAUAAGAGACUUGUUUCAAAAUUAUGUACAAAAUCUUACUGACCUCAGACUUUUGAAUGCUAGUGUACAUACACAUACAGGAGUCUUUUUCUAGCUCUUUUCCUGUACUAAUAGUUUAAAAUCAACAUUAAAUCAAAUUUACAACCAUUUUUACUUGCAUAAUGUGACAUAUUUUGAAUGAAAAAUUAUAGGCAAGGACUUGAUUUUGUCCACCUGGUAUUAAUUUGAUUGUGAAAAUAUGAAUUUAUGUUGAUUUGAAAAUCAAAGUUGAAAGUUUAGCGACGCUAAAACGUGUUUACACUAUCACCUCAGAAAACAUCGAUAUGCUGUACAAUGUGGCACUUGUGUUUUUAACUCUCAUUUGAUAAGACCCAACAAUAAAACUGUUUGCGACAUUAUAUUUUAAUACUUUUUAUAAUGUUACUGUGUUGCUAUGAUGACUGGGCGGGGCUGGAUUUCACGGGAACAGAUACAUGUGCAAAAAAACGAUUUGAUGUUACAUUCGUAGAGUUUAGUCUUUAAACAGAUAAUCAAAUGAGAAUGUCUGUAGGGUGCUUGAGUAAGGUACUGUAGUAAAUGGUUGUCUUCUGUGAAACUGUUUGUGGUAUAAUCUCAGUAUUUACAAAGAUGGAGUAGCAUUUUGUGGUGUUAUGAGCAUGAAACACGGUCCUUUUCUGGCCAGAGAAGAUGAGAGAUGGAAGAAACCCUCAGCAUCACUGGAACGUGAUGUUAUCUCUGAACUAUGAACCUACAACAAACACUUCCUCUGUUAUUUUUCAAUGUAUCUCAACAAGUCAUUGAUUAAAACCCUCUGCAUUUGAGUUUGGA